AUGGCGUCAAAGAAAUCAAAUAUGGAGAGUGUCGAUAUAUAUCCCAGCACCCAAAAGCGCAUUAUCAUCAUGGUAGCGCUCUAUCUGGCCAUCUUCUUGAUCAACCUGGACCAAAAUAUCAUCUCGACAGCGAUCCCCAGAAUGACAGACGAGUUCCACUCCCUGGACGACAUUGGCUGGUAUGGAACAGCCUACCUGCUCACGGCGUGCAGUUUUCAGCUGCUGAUGGGCAAAGUAUACAAGGUCUAUCCAACCAAACCUGUUUUCCUCACCGGCAUCCUGCUCUUCGAGAUCGGGUCGACUAUCUGCGGCGCAGCACCGUCAUCAGUUGUCUUCAUUAUCGGCCGGGCCAUUGCAGGCCUGGGGGCGUCGGGGCUGAUGUCUGGCGGCAUGGUCAUCAUGGUCCAUACCAUCCCCCUGCAGCAGCGGCCAAUAUACCAAGGCAUGUUCGGCGCUGUCUUUGCGCUAGGGUCCAUAGUUGGCCCACUGCUAGGGGGGACAUUCACAGAUAAACUGACCUGGCGGUGGUGCUUCUACAUCAACCUCCCAGUGGGCGCGGUGUCCAUCAUCGUCGCUGUCCUCGUUUUGCGUCUGCCUAACCAGAGGCUGGACGACAGAGCAGCCGGGUGGAUGGGCACGUUGAAGCAGCUGGACCCAAUUGGGAAUCUCGUUUUUCUCCCAGGAAUUGUGUGCCUCGUCCUGGCUCUGCAGUGGGGGGGCACCGAGUAUGCCUGGGCCAACGCCCGCAUUAUCGUCCUGCUCGUACUCUGCGGCGUGCUCUGCUUGAUCUUCAUGGGCAUCCAGUAUUGGAAACAGGACGAGGCCACCGUUCCUCCUCGGCUCGUCAAGCAGCGCAGCGUUGCAGCAGCAACCUGGUUCUCCUUCUUCAACGGCUCGGGCUUGACGGUCCUGCUCUACUACCUCCCCAUCUGGUUCCAGGCCAUCAAGAACGUCAGUGCUGUUGAUUCUGGAAUCAGGUUGCUUCCUUUUCUCCUCGCGGCCGUCGUCGGCUCAAUAGGCGCGGGCGCCAUCGUCUCCAGAGUAGGGUACUGCAAUCCAUUCUUCAUCCUGAGCACAAUUAUGGCGCCAACUGGAGUCGGUCUCAUUUCGACAUUUACGCCAAAUACAGGCCAUGCAGAGUGGAUUGGAUACCAGGUCCUGGCUGGCUUGGGAUUCGGACUCGGCAUACAGCAGCCAAUGCUGGUCGUCCAGACCAUUCUCGACAGAUCAGACAUUGCAACUGGGACCGCCAUCAUAAUGUUCUUCCGCUUCCUGGGCCCGUCCAUCCUGCUGCCCGUCGCUCAGAACAUCUUCCUAAACAAGCUUGUUGCACAGCUCACGAGCCAGCCUGGCAUCGACCCCGGCAGCGUGACUGGUGCCGGUGCCACCAAUCUCAGGGCCCUUGCGUCUGGCGACAAACUGGAUGCGUUGCUUUCUGAUUACAACGACGCCUUGGUGGACGUGUUUUACAUGGUGGCAGCGACCUGUGCUGUCUCCGUCUUCGGUGCCCUUCUAGUGGAAUGGCGCAGCGUCAAAGCAAAGGCCGUGAAACCGGAGACGGAGGGAACUGGCAUGACUUCAGAUACCAAACAAUCCGCUUGA